AAAUGGGACAUCAUUAUUUAACUGCAGAUAUUAACACGUAAUACAGAUCAUUGAGAUGCAUGCACAUUUCACUCUGGGAAUAACGUGUUUUACAUUACAAUGUAGAACGAUGGUUUGUAUAUAAGAUAUUUGUUUUUCUUCUAACAUAAUAUUCUGAUGCACGCUCAUGGUACUACCGCUUUCUCAACGUUUUUCACAUCUUUCGGUCAUGAUAAACCAUUUAAAUAGACUUGCUCACUUCAAGAUGUUUUAUUUACUGUAAGAUGCUCAUUAUCAUCAAAUACACAUACUGCAUGAUAUCUGUGAUAUUUGAUCUCUGAGAUAUUUCAUAUUUUAGCUUCAAGUGUAGUAGUCUAGCUGGGCUAAUUUGUAAAGAAGCUUCCUGGAACUAUUUGAAGUGCAAAAAGGGAAGAAGUACAAAAUGAGGAAGGAGAAGAGGAAGAGUCAGAGCAGAGAAACUCAUGAGAACACCGGAGAGAAGAGAGCAGCGGAGAAAUGACAAAAAGAGAGACGGUCUGUCGACAUCAUCGAAUCAGGAUGUUUGUUCUUAUCUGGGGGAUUCUGCUCUCAUCAGGUGCAUCAGUUUGGGGAAAACAACACUGUCAAAUUCCCGACUACUGUAUCACUAGUGAUGCAGAUAUAACAGCAGAGGUUGGACUCUGUGUCGUGAUACCGUGUUCCUUUACUAUUCCUACGAGCUUUACACCCCAACAUAUGAUUUGGUACAAAUGUGAUAACUCUGAAACCAAUUGUGUCGAUUCUGACAUUAUAUUUAACACCAAGAGGAAGAACCAGGUUCAGUCCAGCUUUGUGGGACGGGUUUCAUUGUUGGAGCCUGAUGUGAGUCAGAGGAACUGCAGCAUCAUCAUCAACGACCUCACCGAGUCAGACUCUGGAGCAUAUCAGUUCAGAGUUGAAAAGGGUGAUGCCAAGGGAUUCAAAUUCUUUAGAAAAACAACUGUGACUGUUAAAGGUCUGACCCAGAAGCCCUCAGUGACGAUUCCUCCUCUGACAGAGGGGCAGCCGACCACACUGACCUGCACUGCUCCUGGUCUCUGUUCUGGAUCUGAUCCUAAAUUCACCUGGACAUGGAGAGGAGCAGGAGAGAAGGACUCUCAGAUCACAGGAAACAUCACUGCUCUCAAGACUGAGAAUCUGACUGCUGUCACACAGAGAAACAGCACCACUUUGACCUUUAACCCUUCAGCUGAACACCACAACAGCAAUGUUACCUGUAAAGUCAGCUUCACAGACAACAUCACUGCAGAGGAGACUGUGACUCUUAAUGUCAACUAUUUGAAGAAACCUGUGAUCACUGGAAUAACUACUGUGAAAGAUGAUGAUGAUUUGAAUCUGACCUGCAGCGUUGAAAGUUUCCCUCCGUCUGUUAUCACAUGGACUAAACAUGGUUCCAUCAAAAACCUGCCAAAAGAAACCGAAAUCAUCCUGCAUAACGACACUGGAACAGCCACUCUUAUCAUCCCUAAUGUGACAGUAGAUUAUUCUGGACUGUACGUCUGUACAGCAAAACACCAGAUCUCUACUCUGAGUACACAUGCUGGAGUUAAUGUGACAUUUCAUCCAAGGAUCUUCAGUACCUCUGGAUGUGUGGUUCAGUCGGAGGUUCUGACGUGUGUGUGUAUCAGCGAGGGGUUUCCUUUACCCACCAUCAAAUGGCCGCUGUUAGACGCUCACACUGAAUACUCUGUCACUACCAAUUUUUCAAACCAUGCAGUCAACAUCAGCAUUACUGUAUCUGUAAAAGAUCUCAACUACACCACUGUCGAGUGCAUCAGCAGAAAUGACAUUGGGGAAGUAAAAGAAAACCUCAAUGUUACGAGACAAGUGGUAGCACAAAAACCAAAGGAUCUCCCCGAACAUUUUUUUAUGACUUUUAAUCUGCCGCAACUCAUCAUUGCAUUUUUGAUUGGGAUACUUGUUUCAACAUCCAUCUGCUGUUUGGGCAGAAAAUGCCAGAGAAGAAAACAGACGAACGCUGAGACUCUGGAGUUGAUCAGUGCCCAAGACGAAGAGGCAGCUGAAGGAGGAGCUGUGGCUCCACCAAACGAUGACGGGGUACCAAGAGAGGUGGAAUACUCUAACAUUGACUUCAGCUUGUUGAAAAUAAAGUGUCCCAAUGGGCCAGAGGCUACUAAAGAGACCACAGAGACAGAGUACGCUGAAGUUAAAAAGAAAGGGAAGAGACAAGACGAUGGUGGACAGGAUGGUGAAAAGGUGGAGGGCAACGAAGAGGAAGAGGUGAUGUUAGUGGGAGACAAAGAGGUAGAACAGUGCAUGUCUGCAGAGGAGGUGGAGGGGGGUCAGGAUAUGGCAUUGUACUCAAAUUUGAAUGAAAUAAUGGGUAAGGUUUGAGCACAGUGUGGCUUGAAAUCACAAAAUGAUACAUGUUUAAAAAAGGGUUUUCAGUGCAAACACAAUGGGUGAUUAAACAUUGGCGUAACAUGCAUGCAGUUAAACAAGAACUACAAGAAUAUUGCAUGUUUUUACAGACUAGAAAGUAUGUUUCCAAUCGAUUUGACAUGUUAAUAAUAAUAAUAAUAAUAAUAAAUGGAAUUUAUAAAGCGCCUUUCACGGGACCCAAGGUCGCUGUACAUGGUGGACAGACAAAACAAAACAGACAAUGAGGAGCGAACAAAACAAGAACAAAAAAUGUUAUUGAAAAACCUUUUAACAAAGCACUGUGCUUUCAGCAUGAAAUGAAAUUAACCGACCUUAUCAAGCCAAACCAUUUUUUUUGUUGUAAACUAACCGCUAUCUUAGGUUACACCUAUUCCAUAUGCAAAACAUUUUUAAUCCUCACAGUUUCUGCUUCACAUGGCCGACCCCCUAUCCACCCACUCUGAACUGCAUGUACAUUUUAUCAUCUAGAAUUAUUGGCUUUUUGUAGCAGUUAGGCUUUCCAUUAUAAUGCAUUGUUAUGUUUGUAGAAAUGCAUGCAGCUAUUAUUGCAUAUAUCAUUACUAUGGAGACAUUGAAGUAGGUCUUAUUAUUGUAUUAUAGGGUUUCUUUGUUCAAAUGUUGUUUUCUUCUGCUGUUUAUUAUUCCAUUGAGCUUUUCCAAACAACUUUCUUUUGUUCAUGAAAAUGAUUAUAGUGCUGGUGUGCAAGGAGAGGGCAUGUUAGCUCUGUUUGUACCAAAGUCUGCAUUUUUACUUUUAGAUUGUAGAGUAAACAGGUUUUGAUUAUGUAGUAUGUGAAUAUAUGUACAUAUAAUGUCCCAUUUGCAGUUGUGUAUAGCUUAUACAACUUAUUUACUUUUUAUAUUACUUAAAAAAUAACCAUGUAAGCAGAAUUCUAUUAAUUUAAUUGACAAUGUGUUUUAUUGCCAUUAAGAAACUGUAUGUCGAAGUGUUUUUUGUUAAGAAUGUGAUUGUUUGAACUGUAUGUGUCACAUGGCAAUGUAUUUUAAUGAUUCAUUAUUGCAUGGUUUUAAGUGUGUGUGUUUUAUACCUUUUUAUUGUGUGAUUUUACUCUGAAAUGUGUUUGCCUUUUUAACUGGUUUUAACUUCCUGCUGCAUGCUUUUAUUUUGAAAUGUUUGGAUUGGCCUUGCCAUGCUGAUUGGCAAUGAGUGACCACACCUGGGGCCAAUUUACACCAACAGCCCUGCCUAUAAAGGGAAGGAGAAGAGCAGCAGAGGACAGACUGAGACUGGGAGAAAGUGAAGGAGACAGCAGAGGCAGAACGCAGCACGCAGCAGGAGCAGAGGCACACGCAACCAAGGGAUUAAGAGACUACGGCAGUCCAAGAGAGGGUCGACGGAGCACCUUUACAGCGCUGGAAAGACUCUGGUUUUGAGAAAAGACUUUUAACCCUUUUAACAUUUGAAUUAUUUGUAUUUUAACUGCGUUUAAUUGUAUUUUAAAAUAGUUUUAGACUAUCUUUUUACUGAGAUUAUAUUUUAGACGGCUCUGAUUUUAGAUUUCUUAGUCAAGUUUUUAUGUUUUACUGAAUAAAUUAUUGUGUUUUAAA